AUGAUGCUGCGCGGCCUCUCCCUGUUCGCUCUCCUGUGCGCCGUCGCCCUUGCCGCGGCCGUCCCGGUCAGCAUCCCCACCGGGUUCACGGUGGUGACCCGCUCGUCGGUGUGGACCUUCAGCAAUCAGAGCACCCUGACCACCUUCGAGCCGCAGCUCAAGCUGGACCUGCCCUUCGCCGCGCUCAAUCAGAGCGCCGUGUCGGGGGCCGCCGGCGGCCUCAAGGUGGGCGGCUUCCUGGUGAUUUCCAACUCCACGGUCGCGCUGGGCAGGCCCAAGGCCUCGAUCCACGGCAGCCCAUCGUUCGGGUACGACGUGAUCCACAACUUUGGGGCUAACAAGUACUCCCUGGUCGAUAUCUUCUUCAUCAACAACACUGAGCAAGUGUCGGCUGUGGGUCUGUCGAUGGGCGAGCAGCGCAACGUCACCUUCUUCCACUCGGCAAACGCCGGCAAGACUUGGAGCGUGACCGACUAUGGUCCUGCUGGACUGUUUCACAGCGCUUCGCUCGCGUUCAAGUAUGAACACGGAAUCGCCGUGGAGGGCGGCCGCAUCUUCAGGACACUCGACUAUGGCAGGGUUUGGGCCCAGACCGCCGCCAACUCCACCGAGUUCUUCACUAAGGCGGCGAUCCACGACCACCACCUCUCCGUCGUGUUCGGCCGCUCGCCCCAGCUGGCCUUGACCUUCAUGCUCAAGUCCCACGACUCGGGCCACCACUGGCAGGCCGGCCCGGCGCUGCCCGACUUCACCCCGGCCUCGGCCGAUGUGACUGGCUUUGUCUUCCUCGACGCCGACACCUGGGUGCUCACCACUUCGGGCGGCGAGAUCUGGCGCUCUGUCAACUCGGGCGAGGCGUGGAACCGCACCUUUGCGCCGCUCGACGUCAACGGCAACGACACCGACAACUACUGGAACGACAUCGCCCACCAGUCCCACUGGGGCGUGCUGAUGGCCGUGGGCCGCAGCACGAUCGCCGUGUCGACCGACGACGGGCUCAACUGGACCGAAUCGCCGGUGCAGGAGUCUGUUGACGGGUUUGUGAAGGUGGUGCCGGACAUUGCCCGCGCUCUGCGCCCCAAGCCCCACCCCCACAAGAAGGAAGACGGCGAUGCCGUGGGCGUGGCUCUGGGCCUCGUGUUCGGCCUGGGUGGCGGUCUGCUGCUGAUCGGCGGACUGGUGGGCUUCUACGUCUACCGGCGCUACUACCAGCCCCGCUUCUCCUACAGCACCAUCAACUCUUGA